UUAAGACACAGUUGGCUCUUCAGCAGUUGACCUCGGUUGCUCCCAACACUUCUGCACCUCCUCAUGCUUGGUUAAGUCAGGUGGUUCCGAAAAGCACAAUGUUUAGCCCUAGAGGAACUUUACCUCCGAGGCCAAGAGGACCUAACCCUUCUGGCACAAAGCCUCCAGGAUCCUUUAGGGGAGGAGGUGCAGGAGGUCCUCCAAGAAAACCUGCGCCUGGACCACCUCAAGGAGCAGCACCGAGACUUGCGGGGCAGGAGACGCUGCAGUGGACAGGUUCCCAGAGGAUAAAUGUUCGGGUAACAUUGCACAGGCCUGAUCCCAGGAAGGUGAAAGAGAAGACAAACCUACACCAGGAGCAGAAGGCAGAGCCUCACCCAACUCACUGGGACAGUGGCCCUUGCCCACCUGGGGUGACUGUGCAAAAGCCACCUGCCUCGGCACAGAUCCCAGAGCAGAACUCCAAUGCCCAGAACCGCUACACACCAGAAAGUGCCUCCAGUAUCCUAGCAAGCUUUGGGCUGUCCAACGAAGAUCUGGAGGAGCUCAGCCGGUAUCCAGAUGAUCAGCUGACACCUGAGAACAUGCCGCUGAUCCUGAGAGAAAUCCGGAUUCGUAAGAUGGGGCAUCCUUUACCUGGCCUACCCAAUCAGAGCCGGGGAGAAGAACCCGCGGGUGGUACCAGUGGUGCAGCAGUCAAGAGUAAAGUGAUCGAUUACGGCCACGCGAGCAAGUACGGUUACACCGAGGACCCUCUUGAGGUGCGUCCUUUCAACCCUGAAGUGCUGCCUGAGGAGCCGCUGGAAGCUCGUGUCUACGCUCCUGAAGUGCCGAGCGCAGAGAAGAGGGAAGAAUUCCCACGUGAGCAAAACGUGCCCGUGGCUGUCCCACCGCCUGCCGUGCCCUGCAAUCCGGUGUUUCAAGUUGAAGAUCUGAUCAAACAGACAAGAUUUCAGAUCGACUCCACGAACACUCAGUCCUUUUUUCCAGCCGAGGCUUCAACGAAGGUGGCUGUAAUGUGCGUGACACCUCCCGCACUCCCCGGGGUAAAACCUGUGUCCCAGACUGUGAUCACACCCAUCAUGCCACCUAUAAUGCCACCCAUAAUGCCACCUUUGGUACAACCCAUCAUGCCACCGGUCAUGCCUCCUAUCGUCCAACAGCCCAUAUCCCAGCACGUGAUGCCACCGAUGACCCAACCACCCUUUCCAACUGAACUCCCAGCUGUAAACCCUCACGAGAGGCCUCAACAUGAGUCUGGAACGAGCCAGCCUAAUACCCAGAGCAGCUCGGGAGCCGCAGCCAAGCCCUACCAACCACAGGCCUCCGAUGAGCCCUUUAGAUCUCCUUUUGGCAUUGUGAAAGCAUCCUGGCUUCCUGUCUUUCCACAAUCUGAUGCCCAGAAGACCAAAAAGUUGCCCACCCCAUCAAUGAUGAAUGACUACUAUGCCACGUCGCCAAGAAUAUUCCCACAUAUGUGUUCUCUGUGUAACAUUGAAUGCACUCGUAUGAAGGACUGGAUCUUGCAUCAGAACACUCCGUCUCACAUUGAAAGCUGUCGCCACUUACGCCAACAAUACCCUGACUGGAACCCUGAGGCUCAUUCCUCAAAGAGAAAUGCUGCGGAGAGGAAAGAAAACCAGACCCCGAGGCGUCGCUCCAGCUCGGGCAGCCCCAGCCCCAGGCGCUCCAGGCCCCCAAGCUCUAGCUACUACUAUCGCCGCUCACGCUCCAGGUCACGCAGCCCAGGCCGCUACCGGCCCAGGCCCAGGAGCCGCAGCCCGCGGCACCUGCGGCGCCCCAGCCCCAGGCGCUUCAGCCCCAGGCACAGGUCCAGGUCUCCGCAUCGCUCCCGCCACCACCUGAGGGCCAGCCCGCGGCCUCGCAGGUCGGCCAGCCCGCGGCCUCGCAGGUCGGCCAGCCCGCGGCCUCGCAGGUCAGCCAGCCCGCGGCCUCACAGGACAUCCAGCCCGCGGCCUCACAGGACAUCCAGCCCGCGGCCUCACAGGUCAGCCAGCCCGCGGCCUCACAGGUCUUCCAGCCACGAUUGGUCGUCGAGGAGGUCGAGCCACUCGCGAGACAGCAAAGCAGCGCUGGAGGCAAUAGUGAAGAGUUUGGGACCUGAUUUUAUAGCAGAGUUCAAUAAACAUAAAUCCCUUCAAUCAGUGGGAUCUUCAGGAUCGGGAUCCUCUCAUGGGCUUGCAAGGAAGACAUCUGGAAGUGUGCGGAAGCCAGUGAAAUCAAGUUCUUCUUCAAAGACUUCAAAGAAAGAUGACCCUUCUGUGCCUGAGUCAAAUUCUUCAUCUCCUGAAGCUGAGGAUUUGCCCGAAGACAAAGAAACGAAAGAUGAUGAGGAAGACUCAGCCACUGGAUCUAAGGAAGGAUCUAAUCCUUCUUACAACAGACUGCUGAGGAAAGAGUUGCUGAGUUGUGGGACAGUCCUUCAGAUAUCUGAUUUACCAGAUGAUGGCUUCUCAGACCAAGACAUUAGAAAGAUUGUUCAGCCUUUUGGCAAAGUUAGUGACAUCAUUGUGCUGCGCUCCAGGAAUGAGGCCUUCCUGGAGAUGAAUUACAAGGAAGCUGUGAUAGCAGCUGUGAAAUUCGGCGAGAUGACACCAGUGCUGGUCAACGGCAAGCGCGUGAAGAUCAGCGUGGCUGAGAAGCCAAAAACACUUCCUAGCAAGCCCAAAACGAGUGUCAAAAAAAAGACUCAGCCUGUUAAAAAAGCUUCACCAAGCACCAGAAAAGAUCAGAGCACCACCACGAAGAAAACCAAACCCAGUACAGGUAAAAAAGAAAAGACUAAGAAGCCAAUGGUGUCAGGAGGCAGUAAAACCAAGGAAACUUCAAAUCCUGAAGCAAAACCUAUGGAUGAAGACCCUGAGAACUCCACAGAAGCUGAAGCAGAAGGUGGGGAAACAUCACUGUCAGAACCACAGAACGUUCCAGACAAGGAUGGAGAUGCAGAGCCUGUGCGGACAGCAGAGAUGACCAACCCUGCACCUGUGCUAGAGAAACCUGCACAGAUGGCUCAGGUGGCAGUGUCAGACUUGGAUGAGUUUAAGGAAUCUUUAGCUGAUCAAGAAGCUACGGUAACAACUACAGAGGGUGAAGAGGCCGCAGAAUCAGCAAGCAAGGAACUGGAUGAUAUCUGUGUGGUUGUUGUUUCAAACCUCCCUGAGAAAGGAUACUCUGUGGAGGAAAUUGCCAACUUGGCAAAGCCCUUUGGAGGACUGAGGGAUAUGCUGAUUUUAUCAUCUCAUAAGAAGGCUUAUUUUGAAAUAAAGAGAAAAUCUGCUGACUCCAUGGUCAAGUUUUACAGCUGCUUCCCAAGGUCUCUGGGUGGUAGCCAGCUCUGCGUCAACAUGGUGCCUCACUAUACCACUGUCAAGGAUGAAGAAGCAAUAUUUACUGCUCUCAUUAAAGAUUCUGACCCUAAGGCUAAGGCUGGAAGCUUUCAUAACCAGUUUGUGCAUCUUGGAAACUUGCCAGACGAUGGCUACAGAGAGCUUGAAGCCGUUUGUGUGGGACUUCGCUUUGGGAAAGUGAACAACUAUGUUGUCCUGAAGAACAGGAACAAGGCAAUUCUGCAGCUGGACAGUGCCAAGUCGGCCAGGUCCAUGUACAGAUUUCUGAAGCAGUACCCAUACAUUAUGGGUGACCACACUCUGACCUGUACCUUGUCACCCAGCACAGAGACUGCCGAGGCUGAAGUUGUGAAAAAAGAAGGGAAGAAAGAGGAGGCAAACCAAGGAAGCUCUGGCUUGAAAAAAUAUCCAGAGGGAUCAGGAGUGGUGCAAACAGCAGCUGCUAAUCCUCCAGCAGAGCUCAGAGAGGCAAAGAAAGGACCUAUUCCCAUCUCUCAUGUCAAAGAUGAGCUGUCAGCAGCAUCGACAGAGUGCUCUGAAUCCCAUCUGGAAGGAGUGGUGAGGGAGUCUGCUGCCAGACCAGCAGAAACAUCUCCAAAGAAGAUGGAUGCUGGAGUUGGAGCUGUGGUGGCAUCUCUCAGAUCUGCUGACAGUGAAUCAUCGGAAGUGAAGUCGGAAAGGAUGCUGCUGCCACCUUCCAGCGUGGAGAGAGAAGAGGCAGUUGGAGAGAAGGCUGAACUAGAGCCAUGUGAGUCUGGUCUCAGAUCUGCAUUGGAAAAGGAGGUUAAAAAGGAAGAUGAAGAAUUGGAUGCUUCUACCACUGAGCCACCAGCAGAAUUGUUUGGUGUGGGCAAGGCUGAAGAUGUGCUAGUAGAUGGUGCUGUGAAACUGGCAGUGGGGGAGUCAGCAGGGACCAUUGCUGAAGUGCUGCCUCCUCAUCCUGAUGCAGCUUUGGCGCAGAUGGUGUCACUUGGUGUCAUACAACCAAACAGCAAGUGGCAUGCUCCUGACAUGAGUCUUCUUCCUGGUGCUGUGAAAACUGAACAGGAAAUGGCUGCGAUGCCAGCAGUGGAGAGCAAAACUGGGGCGGCCUUGGAAAAGAGUCUGGACGUGCCUGGAGAGUUUAUGCUCGCAGCUGGAAUUGCUGCAGAGGAGAGCCCUGCAAACCUUUUGGACAUGACUGGAGCAGAGACAGAGAAGCAGUUCGAAAAGCUUGUGGCCAGGGUUGGGGCUGCUGAUGAAAAUGCUGCAAGUGCUGUUGGUGAGGACAAUGAGGGAAGUUUAAGCAAAGCCCUUCAAAAUGAAGGAGCAGGACCAGCAAAAGCUGAUGAAGUCUCCAAAGCUGUUGUUUUUAACUCCUCUUUAUCUGUCAAGGAAUCUUCCACUGUUGAUAAAACAUUUUUAAAGGCAGUGGUGUCUCUUCUGGAUAUCUCAAAGCUAGGGAUUCCAAUGCAGAGAAAUGAGCCCUCCCUGUUUAAAGGAGGGGAGCAGAAAUCUCCCCAGAAAGCUGAGAGCCAAGGCCAAGCAGCGCUGGAGAAGAAAACAGCCUGGAAGGAAGAGGAUCCCACACGCCCUGGCAGCAGCGCGUGGAAAGCCAGCAGAAGUUUUGUGCUUGAUGGAAGGGGAGCCAACGGGAGGAAUUCAUCUCAGCAAGACUGCCGAGUGGAAUCAAGGGCUAGCUCAAAACAGUCUCAAGAGGGAGAGGGCAGAGCACUCAGCAUGAGGAGAGAUGCUGGCGGCAGUAAGGCUUUUGCUGGUGACAUCAUGAGGGCUUCAAAAGUUGGUGCCAGCAGCGGUGCAAGACGAAAGGAGGAAGAAGAGCUGUUUCCCUUUAACCUGGAUGAGUUUGUCACCGUGGAUGAGGUGGCAGAAGAGACGGAGUCCCCCAUCAGAACACGCCGCAAUCCCCUGAGGGGGAAGAGGAAAGCCGGUGCUAAAGCAAACUCUGCCGUGCCCGGCUCUAAGAGGAGGAAAGGGAAGAAAUCCGCAGCCCACGCUGCACAGAACAAGCUCUCCUUUGUCACCCUGGAUGAGAUUGGGGAGGAGGAGGACGUGGCUGCACAGCUGAUGGAGGUGGCUCACCUAGAAGCGCUGGGUGACUCCCAGGGCCUGCUAGUGGUGGAUGAAGUGAUGGAAGAGGAAGAGCUGUUGGAAGCAGCAAAGGAUGCGCCGUCGCUGCUUACUUUGGAUGAGAUACCGGAACAGGAGGACCUCAGCUCGCAGAAGGACCUCCCCAGGACAGUCUAUGAGGAGCAGGAUUUGAAGGCCGAACCCUUGGUGACUGUAGAUGAGAUUGGUGAAGUAGAGGAGCUGCCUCUGAACGAGCCUGCAGGGUUGAGCAUCAAGGUGGUGCUGAAGCAGAAGGAGGAGACUAAAGUGGCUGCUGAGGAUGCUGGGGACGGUGCCGCUUCCCAGGUGCCUGAUGAUCCUAGUGCCUUGGUGACAGUGGAUGAAAUAGAGGACAAUGAGGACAACCCUCUGCUGACUUUGGAUGAAGAUAACGAAGAUGAAGAUGAUUUCCUGGAGGAUUUCAACCGUCUGAAAGAGGAGCUGAACUUUGUUACAGUAGACGAAGUUGGAGAGGAGGAUGAGGAAGAAGAAAACACUUCCUCAGGGAAAAAUCAGAAUGAGGGUGGAGACAAAGAUAUUGCUGUAGUUGCAGGAGCAGAAGAAGAGGUGGUUGCUCCUGUUGCAGGACCAGAAGAGGAUGAGGUUGCUGCUGUUGCAGGACCAGAAGAAACAAAAGUUGUAGGAGAUGGGAGUCCAGUAGAAGAGGUGAUGGAGAUCUCCAAAUCAGAAGGAGAUCAGCUGGCAUCAGGAGAUGAAGAAGCAGACUCUGAGCAAAAGAAAACAGUUCCUUCAGCUGUAUCAAAGACACAGAAUACUCCGAAAGAUCUGGAUUACCUGGUUCCCAAGGCUGGAUUUUUCUGUCAGAUCUGCUCCCUCUUCUUUGCUGAUGAAACAUCUGUGAAGAAUCACUGCAAGACCCAACUGCAUCAGCAGAACAUGGAGAAAUUCAUGGCCAAGCAGGAUGAGGAUAACGGUGGGGAGGAGCAGAGCUCAAGGUGAUCACAGGGAAGAAGGAUUCUUUGGAUGAGUUAAAUUUAGGGUCCAGUCCAUUUAUUUUUCUUUUGUGUAUUUUAUUAUCAUUUACUUUGUAACUUUGUUUCCAAAAGGAGCAUUUCUGGUGUAUAAAUUGGAGCUCACGAUAAGAUGGACUCAAAAGACUAUGGUGGCUUCGGUUUGUAUAUUAAAUGAUCCAACCUGGGAGAGACUUCACGAGUGUCAACACCAAAUAAAUGUUCUCACUGUAUAGGUAACACCAGGA